AUGGGGCCCGCGCCUGCCGGCGGUGCCCCGCCUCGCCGGGGAGGCCGGCAGCACUACCCGCCCGCCCACGCCUACCAUCCCGGCGGCCAUCACCACCAGCACGUGGGCCACCCCAUGUACGCCACCACCUAUAUGCCCGCCGCCUACGGUGCUCCUCAGUAUUACAUGCCCCCGCAGUACCAGAACGGCGCCAUGGCCGCACCGGCUGGCUACAUGCCGUAUCCCAACGCCGGGUAUGUUCGGUCGCCGCCCGCGAUGCCGCACUACAUCCCCGUGCAGCAGCCGUACGGCCGACCCUCUCAACACUCCUCUCCGAUCGUGUCAUCCCCAUACCAUCCUCCACCGCCUACAGCGCCGGCAGUCGUUCCUCCUCUCCCCCACACUCCAUCCUCGACACACUCUUAUGCGGUUCCUCCUCCUAUGACUCCGCCUGUCCGCCAGGUCCACGAGGCCAUUCCAGCCCCGCCGCCAGUCCAGCAGUCACAGCUGUCCGAGCCUCAGCCCGAAACUCAAACUGAACCCCAACAGCAGCCGCAAACAGUGCUGCCGCCCUCACACCAAGUUGUCGAUACCGAGGUCAAGCCAACUUCGGCUCUUGCUAGUCCGGCCUCGUCUCCAAAGGCGCCUUUCAGACCACCACUUCCUUGGACCUCGACUGAUUGGCCCUUUCCCCCACGAGCUGCGAGGCUUAGGAGGAAGAGGAGGUUUCUUGGCGCCGAUGCUGAGCGAUUAGAGCUGCCCGAGAAGCCCACCCCGGCAGCGGAUGUUCUUACUAAGGUGCAGAAGGAAACCGAGCAACAAGCGCCGGCUGCCGCCGCAGAACCGUCGUCCAAGUCUCAGGAUCAUCCACCCCGGUCUGAGGCCCCGUCCACACCAGCGCAGCCAUCGGAAGACGCUGUCUCGACCUCUCCGACCUCGCCAAGCUCGGUGCAAUCCUCCAAGACGUCUACCACUGCCUCGGCCGCUCCAACGAACACUGUGAAGCCGUCGGCGCGGUCGGCUGUUCCUGCGGUGCCAGUGAUUCCCGCCCUCCCCAAAGCCAGUCCCAAGGAAUCCAAGCCUGCAACAGGUGCUGAGAAGAGGUCAAGCGCCGAAGCCCAACCCGCUGCCGAAGCCCAUCCCGCUCCCGCAGCCCCUGGCGACGGACCGGCCGAGGCGAGCCAAGCAGGUGAGGGUGUGAACGGGACCACCGAGACCGAGGCACCUAAGGCUGCUCAGACUGCACCUGCCCCGGCCAAGCCUAAACUGUGGACCGGUUUGUUCAAGGCCGGCACCUCUACCGCGGGCACGAGCUCUGCCGCCCCUGCUGUCCAAGGGCAAACCAAUGGCAACGCGGCCGAUGGAUCGGCUGUGAUCGCCGGAGCUGGCAGCUUUGCGAAGGCCAAUGCUAGCUCUCUCGCUCAGGUUCUGCAAGCCUACCGGCCCGGUGUACAGGACAGACUCUCCUUCUUGGAGCCGAGAGGAUUAGUCAACACUGGCAAUAUGUGUUAUAUGAAUUCGGUGCUACAAGUUCUCAUUUUCUGCGUUCCCCUGUACCAUCUCUUGGAUUUAGUUGGCAAGAAUGCCGCUCACAGCUUCAAGAGCGAGACGCCCUUGAUAGAUGCGAUGGUCAUGUUCAUGCGCGAGUUCAAGGUGAUCGACUCGGCCCCGUCAGCCGAGCAGCUUAGGAAGCGCCUCAAGAGUGAAGAGUACGAGAAGUAUGGCGAGCCAUUUACGCCCGAGUUUGUUUAUGAAGCCAUCCGUACCCUUCCGCGCUUUGCAAGCAUGAGACGCGGCCAUCAACAGGAUGCUCAGGAGUUCCUUGGAUUCCUCCUCGAGCAUCUCCAUGACGAGUGCGUUCAGGUGAUGCGCGCCGCUCCCGCAUCGACCGCUUCUACCGCCCCUAACUCGUCUCUUCCGUCUCCGACCUCUUCCCGGGCGAAUGACGCCUUGGAAGGCGGCGAUGACUGGCUCGAGGUUGGGCCACGCCAGCGUGCCGCUGUUACCCGGUCCUCUGGCCACCCCAAUACCUUGUCGCCCAUCACCAAGAUUUUCGGCGGGCAGCUCCGCUCCGAACUGCGUGUCCCCGGCAAUAAAAACUCGGUCACCCUGGAGCCGUACCAACCCCUCCAGCUCGAUAUCGGCUCCCCCGAGAUUCGCAAUAUUAUUGACGCUCUCAAGGGACUCACGCGGCCCGAGGUGCUGCACGGCGAUUUCAACUCACCGCACGGCAAGGAUGUUCGGGCGACCAAGCAGGUCUUCAUCGAGUCCGUGCCGUCGGUUCUCAUCCUGCACCUGAAGCGCUUCCAGUUCGACGCCGAGGGUUCCGGCGGCACCGUCAAGAUCUGGAAGAAAAUUGGCUACCCGCUGGAGUUUGAGUUCCCGCGAGAGGUGCUGUCGCGUCAGACGCGCAACACCAUCCUUGCCGAGAACUCUGGUGCGCCCCGUUACCGGUUGAUUGCGGUGGUCUACCACCACGGCAAGAACGCCAGCGUUGGGCACUACACGGUUGAUGUCCGUCGGCAGGAUGGCCGGGAGUGGAUCCGCAUCGACGACACGGUCAUCAGGCGGGUGCGGGAUGAGGACGUUGCCGAGGGCGGCGCCGAGGAGGAGGCCGGCAAGGUCGACGGCCGGAAAGACACCAGCACGCCCGCCACGGCUAACCGGUUCCUCGGCAUCAACGACGAGGAUGCCGGUGACGACGACGGCUGGAAGCAGGCGGCAGGCGGCAAGAAGUGGAGUAGUGUUGUCAACGGGGCGACGUCCAAGACAAGCAACGGCCAGCAAAAGGCCAAGCAGCAGCACAAGGAGAGCAUGAAGGAAAACAAGGUCGCCUACCUCUUGUUCUACCAGCGGAUCUGA